ACCAUGAAGGGGACGCUGCUUCUGCUGGCCUUGCUGGUGACCGGGGAGCUGGGCUUCCAGACAACGGAAGCAUGCGGUCCUUACUUUGAAGCCUUUGCUGGAAUCUCCAUCGGAAACAAGAAAAUAUUGAAUGCCGUCCUUGACAAGUUUGAGCCUACUGAUGGGGAAAGGCUGGGUUUCAAAAAAAUCAUGGAAUGCUUGAAUGAUGAAGGAGUGGAAGGCAAAAUCCUGAAAACCAAAUUCAUGGGUGCCAUCAUCUUCAGCCCAGAAUGUAGAGAAUACUAUACCCAAGACAUCAGCGACAAAUUUCAGGGAAUCCUUUCCAAAGUUAACUUAUUUGGAAAAUGA